CGCAACCCUUUACCAAAGAUUUGUAAUCCAAGGAUCUACACUAUAAACCGUACACCUAUUUAGGCGCUAGAGAGAGAAAGUCCGUGAAAAAAGAGGAGAGGGAAAGAGAGGAUAGGGGUGGGGAGAGGCACUUGAAAGACCGUAAAAAAAAUAGGAGAGAGAAAGGGAGGCCCGUUCGUAACAGAGUUGCAGAGACUGAGGAAGGCCAUUUUAGAGAGCGAGAGAGAGAGGAAGAUUCAGGCGUAUUGUAGAGAGAUGGCGGGGACGAAGAGAAAGCAGCUGAGGCAGGAGGAUCUCGCCUACCUGCUAUCCGCAGUAGGAACCUCCAUUGUUAUCACCCAUCGCUUCCUCUCAGAUAACGACCUCCUCCUCCGCCCCUCUCAAUCCCUCUCUCUCCAAUCCUCUCUCCAGUCCUCCGCCCUUUCUCUCUCUAAACUCCUCUCUCUCCUCGCCCCCUCCCCUCGCCUGUCCCUCCCUCCUCCUCCCUUCUCCCCUGAUCUCCCCUGGUUCUCACGUCUCUGCUCCUCUCUCCCGCACUCAGCACAUCUCUGGCCCCCCAACUUCGUCCUCCCUCACUCCACUUUCUCUCUCCUCCUCCAAACCCUCCUCCCUUCUCUCAGUAACCCCACCUCUGAACUUCCUCUCUCUCAUCCCAAUGUAACCACUUCUCCAUCGUCUCUCGAUCAACCCACAAACCCCAUUUCUCCACCUUCUCUCUCUACACCCACAAACCCAAUUUCUCCUUCCUCUCCCUCUCUACCCACAAACCCUAACCCUAUUCCUGCAUCCUCUCUCUGUGUAUCAACAAGCCCCUCUCACACUGAUCGCCCAAACCCCACAUUUCCCCCUUCUCUCUCUACACCUACCCAUCCCUCUUCCCCCAACUCUCUCUCUACCCCUGCAAACCCCACCACCUCUGCUCUCUCUUCCUCUCACCCAACAAACUGCACCUCUCCCCAUUCUCUCUCUAACCCCAUGGAUCCCCAACCCACGAAACCCCCAUCCCCACACUCUCUCUCUGACCCCACAAACCCCACUCUCUCUCAACCCACAAAUCCCACCUCAACCCACUCUCUUUCUGACCACAAAGACCCCUCCUUCUCUCCCCCUCACCCGGCCUCCCAACAUUUCUCCCCUGAAACAGCCCUUGCCGCCGCGCUCCACCGCCUGGCCCAUGCUACCCCCUUUGCCGCCCUCGGCCCACUUUUUGGUCUCGAACCCCCUGAAGCCGCCAGCGCCUUCUUCUCUGUACUUAAGGCCACCUGUACGCACCUCUCCCACCUCUUCCACCUCCCUGACCCAAUUGCAUUCCCUCCCCCACCCAACCUCCCGAACUGCCGAGGCGCCCUCAUCUACGCCCGCUUCCCGAUCGCCCAAAACGCCCCCAAGCCAUUUCGCGAGCCCAAUGGCCAGGCGAGUGUGCUCGUGCAGGCGGUGGUCGGGUUCGACGGCACCUUCGCGGACAUCUCAGCCGGGUGGCCCGGUAGGCUCAAGCCGUCGAGUAUUUUGGCUAGAACCGCCCUGUUUUCUAGGGGCCAUGGGCUCUUGCAGGGGCCAAAGGUGAGGCUGGCCAAUGGGUUCGAGGUGGGCGAGUACUUGGUGGGUGGACCAGGGUGCCCACUUUUGCCUUGGCUUGUGACCCCUUACGGGUCGGGCUCAACCCAAGUGGACUCGAGUGGGUUUGAUGCGGCUCAUGGGAGGGCAAUGGGAGUGGCGAGGAGGGCAAUUGCGAGAUUAUGGAGAUUUUGGGGGUUACUGUCGGAGCGGCAUAGGGUGGAGUAUUUGGAGUAUUUGCCUUAUGUGGUGGCGGGAGUGUGCUUGUUGAUGAAUUUUAUGGUGAGGUGUGGGGAGGGGUGGGAAGAGAGAGAGGAAGAGUGUAGAGAGAGAGAGAGAGAGAGAGAAAGAGGGGAUGUUUUGGAGUUGGAGGGGGGAAGGGAUGAGGGCGGAGAGAGAAUUAGGGAUGCUUUGGCUCAUCACAUUGCCUUGCUAAACCAACCACCGCAUCAAUGAAAUCUUACAUUUUUAAUGAAUCCCAACAUGUGAUUUUUUGAGUUCCAUUCCCGCACGCCCAUUUUUAUUAGUGCAUCGGGUUUUAUUGUUUUAAUUUAGAAUUUCAACAACAUUUUCUUUUUAUCUUUUUUUAACAUUAGUUUGGAUUUGCUUGUUUAGUUAUUGGACUAUGUUUCUAAUCCCAACUAU